AUGGACGUCGAGGUCGUCGUCUUCUUCUUUGGGGGGCAGCGAGGGAGCGAGCGAGGAGCGAAGGAGGAAGAAGAAGAGGAAGAAGAAGUUGGUUUUGGCCUUCGCGGACGAACUUUUGCUGCGACGAGAAAAAAAGAGAGGGCGCUAGGCUCCUUCGGGCAAUGUGCUAGCUGCUUUGGGAUGCUUACUCAGCGACAGGCCGCCAUCGAGCAGCCAGGCAGAUGCGACAUGCAGGGCGCGGAGGGGCGGCUAAGCUGGCAUUUCAAUGAAUUAUCCAUUUACUAA